AUGUGUAUCGACCUGGUUGGUGUUCAAUAUAUUCGUAAGAUUCACUACUUUGGAAGGAAAAUACAAGAUGCUCGAUCGGCACUAGCUGUCGUUGGUGGAAAGGUCGUUCUAGUAUCAGAAUUGUACGCGAAUCUUAUGCAAAAGAGAGCGCGAAAUCUCUCGAAGGAGGCUUUCAUAAUAGAGAAUUUGUACAUAUCGAAACACAUAAUCCCUUACAUCCCCAGCGAUAUACGUUUGAUAAGGUACAUUGACCAACAUGCCGAAGGUUCCAUUUCAACGUCGUCAUCAUCGCUCGACUUGCAGAGUUGCAGAUUCUGCCAUUCGCGAUUCAGUUUCAAUUUGCAACAAAAUCGACCUCUUGGAGAGCACUAA